ACUGCCACCCUCCUGUAUAUAACACAUGCAUCUUCCUGGGUGAACACUGCCCGGAAAACACGACUAAUUGAUUCCCCCCAAAAAUAACCCGAAAAAAAAAUAAAAGCCAUGGCGAUCCCUCCCUCCAAAUCUUCCUCCAUUGUGAUCGUCGGCGCGGGCGUCUUCGGCCUGUCCACAGCCCUGGAGCUGACGCGUCGGGGAUACACCAACAUCACCGUGCUGGACCGACAUCUAGCCCCGGUACCCGACGGCUCCAGCGUCGACGUCUCGCGGAUCAUCCGCGCCGACUACGCGGACGUAUUCUACGCACGCAUGGCGCUGGACGCGAUCCAGAACGGGUGGCACGGGGAGUACGCGCCGUACUUCUAUCAGAGCGGGCUGAUGUGCACGCAGACGCAAGGCAGCGGGGAGCACGAGUACAUCGCGCAGUCGAAGCAGAACAUGGAGCAGCUAGGCAGCGGCACGGCAGCCCCAAACCUGGUCUCGUUCCAGGGGACGGAGAUCCGGACGAAGUACCCGGGGAUCCACGGCGACCUGUCGCAGGCUAGUGGCUACGUGAACCUGGAGUCGGGGUGGGCGAACGCGGAGCUGAGCAUCGGGCAUCUGGCGCGCAACUGCACGCGCGCGGGCAUCUCCUUCCGCGCCGGCCGCCAGGGCACCGUCACCGACCUCCUCACCCAGACCAGCCAGACCAACCAGAAGCGAAUCUCGGGGGUGCGCACGGCGAACGGUGAGAACAUCCCAGCCGACCUGGUCAUCCUAGCCACGGGGGCGUGGACCCCCCACCUCCUAGACAUGACCGGCCGCUCCGUCUCCGUUGCGCAGCCGGUAGCGUUCCUGCAACUCACCGCAGACGAAGCGCGCGAGCUAGACAACAACCGCUGCCCGGUGAUCCUAGACCUGAGCACGGGGUGGUUCACCUUCCCGCCGACGCCGGGCACACACCUUCUGAAGAUCGCGCGUCACGGGUUCGGCUACGAGCGCACCAACGAGGCCAAGCCGCAGAACCCGACGGCCUACUCGGCGCCGACGCUGGAGCGCCAGGGCGGGUACCUCCCUCCGGACGCCGAGAAGGCGCUGCGUGAGGGUCUAGCGCUGUGGCUGCCGCGGUUCAAGGACCGGCCGUUCGUCCAGCGCAGACUGUGCUGGUACAGUGAUACGCCCAAGGGGGAUUUCGUUGUCGAUUAUCAUCCGGACUAUGAGGGGUUGUUCGUGGCGACGGGUGGAAGUGGACAUGCGUUCAAGUUCCUGCCCGUGCUGGGCCGCUAUGUCGCUGACAGCCUGGAGCGAACUGCGUCGGCUGAGCAGCGCCGGAAGUGGGCGUGGCCGGUGGCGCCGCAGCCCAUCGCCUCGGGAGAUGGCAGUCGUGGUGGACCGCCUCGUCGUCGCUUGACCCCGGAGGAGCGGGCGCGGUUGUAGAAGCGGAAGUGGUUGAAUGGGUAGGAGAGGUUUGAGAUCAAUGAGGAGAACGAAGCGGGGCAUUUCACGUCGAAAUGAAUGAUUUAAUGGAGCGGAAACGGGGGGAGGAGCUUCAUA